CACCUUAUAGUUUAAAGUUAUAUUCUGGGCAUUAUGCAAAUUAUCCAGAACUUGAAACAAAACUUGUUGAUUGGAUUGCUAGUAUUCAAGAUAAAGGCUAUGCUAUAUCACAAUAUAUGAUAACCAAAAGAGCUAAACUUUCGCAAUAA